AUGCCACUCUGCGGCCUUCGACAACGGGAAAACAACGACCGAGUUAAAAGUUUCGAACCCCUUCGAUGCAAACAUCCACCGAAAUACCUCUACCGCAUCCAACAUGAGAAUUCUCAAGCGCGAUUCGAUCAAUGGGGAAAUUUGAAUGCGGCUUUGAACGACCAAACCCCGGAGAGUUCGUACGAGUUCAAGAGCGCGUUGGCACGACAUUUGAGAUGGGGAUUCUCCCGAGGGGAGAGUUACUUCCUGAGUCUCUUUGGGAAGGAAAGCGAGGCGAGGGAGUGGGCAUCCCUGCGAGCAAACGAGCAGCGGAUCGAAGAAAGUGGAGGGCACAGGAGAAGAGAGGGAAGAGGUGUCGUGAAGAUGUACAAGAUCCACACGGCCGGAAUGAGGAAAGAGGGGAUCGUGGUGAUGAGGGCCGAUAAAGCGAUUCAGAAAUUGGAGAUCGAAGAUGAGGAGCACAGAAGGCACGAAUUCAUCAUCCUCAACCGUCUCCCCCGCGCGGCAAUCGAAUUCGUCGACGAAAUCCACCCUCCCCCGAGACCUCCCACGCGCCAGAAGGAAACCCAUCGACGCCCACCGAGCUAUCUCCAACGGGCCCUGAAACGCCAGAGUCGCUGUCUCGCUCUCCUGGACGGCGGCGGCGGCGGCGGCGGCAGCAGCAGCUCUCAACAUAUCCGCGGCGUUUCCCACGAGAGCGAUUUUACGCUCUCCUUGGAUUUGGUGGAGCAUUCGUUUGAGAGCAUGUUUGAUGAUUUCGAGCAGAUGAAAGAGGAGCGGCGGGAUGGCUAUCGGAGUGGGGUCGGGAGGGUGGACAGUCUGCUGGAAGAGGGUGGGAGGGAACGCGUGCACGAAGAAGAAGGAGAUCCGAGACAUGAAUUUCGCGCUGGGGAGGUAGAUUGA